AUGGCCACCGAUGCCCGGCCUCUCAAGGGCAUCCUCAAGAAACCAGCCGCCCCCCCAGAACAACCCAGGCCAGACCCCCGCGAGAUCGCCAUCCAGCACGCCCGCAUCAUCCACCAGCGCAAAGAGCUCGAGCUCCAGAUCCUCGAAUCCCUCGCCCUCCUCUCCGAGUAUCCGACGGUCCGCGGCAGCCCACGCCACUCCUCCGCCAACCCUGCCCCGCGCGACGUCGCCGACUUCAAGGCCAACGUCCGCCUCUUCCAGCCCUCCGACUACGACGACCUCAUCGAGGAGCGCAACGUGAACGGCCUGUGCGGCUACACCCUCUGCGCCCAGCCCAAGCCCGCCGCCUCCAAGGGCGGCCAGUGGAAGCUCGUCAACGUCGGCCGCAGCGACUUUGACAUUGUCAACCGCCGCGAGUCCGAGAAGUGGUGCUCCAAGGACUGCCAGCGCCGCGCGCUCUACGUCAAGGUCCAGCUUAACGAGACGGCGGCUUGGGAGCGCGCAGGCAUCCCGGACAUUGAGAUCGAGCUGCUCGGCGAGGAGAAGCCGGCGGAGGACCCGGCCGCGAAGGCUGCGCGGGACCUGGCCAAUCUGAGGCUGGAGGAGGGCAGGAGGGCGGGAGACCAGACUGCGACCUUGGCCAUGGAGCGAGGUGAGGUGAAGAAGGAGGCGACGCCGGGCAAGCAGAUGACGUUGGCCAUCCGAGAAAGGGAGACGAAACCGCCCGUAGAGGGCGCGUUUACGGCAGGACCUGACGAUGCACAUUUGCUCGUUGAAGGUCACAGGCCGGGAGCUGGAAAGACGCAGGCUCAAGUUGAAAUGGCCGAAUUGGAAAAGUUGAUGGAGGCCCAGAAGGCCGACAUAGAAAUGUCAUGA